AUGAAUGCCGAUGACUUCGCUGCGUUAGUCUCAAAAGCCAAUCCUGCUGCGAGUCGUGGCCAAUAUGGUCAGGUGGAACCCUCUGCGUCAACGUCGUAUCCUCCAACGGCCAAUCGACGGAAUAAUCCAUAUGAACUCGAUCCAUUCUUUGAUGAUGAGGAUGAGGAUGUAGCCAGUUCUGCGCCCCCCUCCACUGCUUCGGCGUUUAAGGGAAACAACGCGCUUAUGGACAGUGCGCCGGAACUACCUUUGACCAAGAACGCAGCAUUGCCAGCUGGUGCUCCUGGUGCAGGCGAAAGUGGGACUAGCUUUCCGCAAGUCUGGACGUUUGAUGAUGAUGCCCCUACUCUCCCACCUCCUAACACUGCUCCGUCCAAGCCCUCACCCCCUCCGAAAUCGUCCCGACCCAAAUGGAAGGUUAAAUGGCCGUGGACCAAAGACAUUGUUCGAGGGGAACGUGAUGUCUGGUUAAAUGAUGCUUCCCGCAACGACGCAGAAGAUUACUCAUCCAACUACAUUUCAACCAGCAAAUACAAUGUCGCCACUUUCGUUCCAAAAUUCCUUUUUGAACAAUUCUCAAAAUACGCAAAUGUAUUCUUCCUUUUCACCGCCAUCAUCCAGCAAAUACCGGGUGUAUCACCAACUAAUCGAUGGACAACAAUAGUUCCUCUAGGUCUUGUCCUUCUCGCCAGUGCAUUCAAAGAAGCAGAAGAAGAUUUAAAACGACACCAAUCAGAUUCUGAGCUCAAUUCCAGAACAACUCACGUACUGAAUCAGCUCACCGGUUUGUUUGAAGUGCGGAAAUGGCGCGACAUUCGCGUCGGCGAUCUCAUACGACUCGAAUCGGAUGAGUUCAUACCAGCGGAUAUGAUCCUGAUUAGCUCUAGCGAGCCCGAAGGGCUAUGUUACGUUGAAACAAGCAAUUUGGAUGGGGAAACAAAUCUGAAGAUCAAGCAAGCAUCGCCGCAGACUUUCGACAUUGUGACGCCACAAAUGUUCAUGGCACUCCGAGGACGCUUGCGCUCCGAGCUACCUAACAAUUCACUAUACACCUACGACGGGACCCUUUCACUGCAAACUGGUGCUGGAGGGUUUUCAGGACCCACUGAACGACAAAUUCCAUUAAGUCCCGAUCAGAUGCUGCUUCGUGGCGCCCAGCUGCGUAACACGUCUUGGGUUUAUGGGCUUGUCGUAUUUACUGGGCAUGAGACGAAACUGAUGCGGAAUGCAACAGCCGCGCCUAUCAAGCGGACUGCCGUAGAACGUCAAGUUAAUGUUCAGAUUGUUUUCUUGUUCCUUGCUUUGUUAGCACUAUCCCUAGCAUCUACUAUCGGUAGUAGCAUCCGGAUAUGGUUCCACUCCAAGGAUCAAUGGUAUCUGCUGAUAUCUGACAGCAUCGCCGAUCGAGCCAAGAACUUUGUUGAGGACAUCCUUACCUUCAUUAUCCUGUACAACAACUUGAUUCCAAUUUCGCUCAUCGUGACUAUGGAAGUUGUCAAGUUCCAGCAAGCGCAAUUUAUCAAUUCUGAUCUAGACAUGUACUAUGCGCCAACUGAUACGCCUGCUCUCUGUCGGACAUCAUCGUUAGUCGAGGAGCUCGGACAGAUCGAAUACAUCUUUUCGGACAAAACUGGCACUCUCACUCAGAAUCAUAUGGAAUUCCGAUGCUGCUCAAUAGCAGGUCAUGAGUAUGCUGAAACUCGUACUGACGAUUCUAAAGAGGAGUUGCGAACGUUUUCAGAGAUGGGAAGUUUACUGGACGGUGGAAACCCGUUCUCUGAUCCCGCCUCAGGGAACCUUGUUGAGGAACUCUCACCGCGCCCCGACGCAGGCCAGGAGACUGAAGUCAUCAAAGAGUUCUUGACCGUUCUUGCUGUCUGCCACACCGUCAUCCCGGAAAUGAAAGGCGAGAAGAUCAUCUACCAGGCGUCCAGUCCAGAUGAAGCCGCUCUUGUCCAAGGCGCUGAGCUUCUAGGUUACCGCUUCCAUAUUCGCAAGCCCAAAUCCGUUUUCGUUGAGAUACAAGGUCAAUCAUACGAAUAUCAGAUCUUGAAUGUGUGCGAGUUUAACUCGACUCGUAAGCGCAUGUCGACUGUCAUUCGUGGGCCCGAUGGCCGCAUCAAGAUCUACUGCAAGGGUGCUGAUACUGUGAUAUUGGAACGGUUGAGUCUAAAUCAACCGUAUUCGGAAGCCACAAUGCUACAUCUUGAAGACUAUGCAACUGAAGGUCUUCGCACUUUGUGUUUUGCAAUGCGUGAAAUUCCGGAACAAGAAUAUCAAACUUGGUCGGCUAUAUAUGACCAGGCAGCAGCAACUAUCAGUGGUCGAGGCGAAGCUUUGGAUAAAGCGGCGGAGAUCAUCGAGAAGGAUAUGUUUCUAUUAGGCGCGUCUGCGAUUGAGGAUAAACUACAGGAUGGGGUGCCCGACACUAUCCAUACUCUGCAACAAGCUGGAAUUAAGGUGUGGGUUCUUACAGGAGAUCGUCAGGAAACUGCCAUCAACAUUGGACUGUCCUGCCGCCUCAUUACCGAGUCAAUGAAUUUGGUGAUUGUGAACGAGGGAAAUGCCCACGAUACUAAGGAAUUCUUGUCGAAGAGGCUGAAUGCCAUCGGAAAUCAAAGAAACCUUGGUGAACUAGAAGACUUAGCCUUGAUCAUCGACGGGAAGACUUUGGCCUUUGCGUUGGAGAAGGACGUCUCAAAAAUCUUCCUGGAGUUGGCUAUCCUGUGCAAAGCUGUCGUGUGUUGUCGUGUCUCACCUCUUCAAAAAGCUCUAGUGGUUAAACUAGUGAAAAAGAAUCUAAAGUCGAUUCUGUUGGCGAUCGGUGAUGGGGCCAAUGACGUGAGCAUGAUUCAAGCUGCUCAUGUCGGUGUCGGCAUAUCCGGGGUAGAGGGCCUCCAAGCUGCCAGGUCUGCUGAUGUUGCAAUAUCACAAUUCCGUUUCCUGCGGAAGCUACUCCUCGUGCAUGGCUCUUGGAGCUAUCAGAGAUUAUCAAAAUUAAUUUUAUACUCUUUCUAUAAGAAUAUUGUGCUUUACAUGACUCAGUUCUGGUAUUCAUUCUUUAACAAUUUCUCUGGCCAAAUUGCCUACGAGUCAUGGACACUAUCUCUGUAUAAUGUUGUUUUCACCGUAUUGCCCCCUCUUGUCAUUGGCGUCUUUGACCAGUUUGUCUCUGCUCGGAUUUUGGACCGAUAUCCGCAGCUGUAUCACUUGGGUCAGAAGAAUACGUUUUUCUCGCGCACAGCCUUCUGGAUGUGGGUUGGAAACGCACUUUACCACAGCCUGUUGCUAUUCACUGCAUCCGUCAUACUGUUUUGGGGUGAUUCUAAAGAACCGUCGGGACUCGACUCUGGGCACUGGAUAUGGGGAACAAUUCUUUACAUGACCGUACUGAUUACAGUGCUUGGGAAGGCGGCACUGAUUUCCGACUUGUGGACUAAAUACACUGUCGCUGCCAUCCCUGGAUCGUUGCUCUUUACGAUGGCGUUCCUUCCCCUUUACCAAAUAAUUGCUCCUGCCCUUGGUUUCUCUACUGAAUACCUUGGCAUUGUGCCGCGAUUGUGGACGGACCCAGUAUUCUGGUUCAGCUUAAUCGUGUUUCCUUUCUUUUGCCUCGCUCGAGACUACUUUUGGAAGUACUAUAGACGGACAUACCGACCGAUGUCCUACCAUAUCGCCCAAGAACUGCAGAAAGAGAAUAUACCUGACUAUAGACCUCGACAAGAGCAGUUCCAAAAAGCAAUCAAGAAGGUUCGAGCGGUUCAGCGUAUGCGUCGGAAUCGGGGCUUUGCGUUCAGUCAGACCGAAGAUCCUGCACGGCAAGAUCAAGCGAGGCUCAUUCGGGCGUAUGAUACAUCACAAUCACAUUCCCGGCCCACUGGGCUAUAG